AUGGAGCAGGCGUCCACCAUGGCCGAGCCCCGGGGCCCUGUUGACCAUGGAGUCCAGAUUCGCUUCAUCACAGAGCCAGUGGGUGAGGCAGAGAUAGGCACCCUACGUCGUGGUGGGCGACGGCCAGCUAAGGAUGCAAGAGCCAGUACUUACGGGGUUGCUGUGCGCGUGCAGGGCAUCGCUGGGCAGCCCUUUGUAGUGCUUAACAGUGGAGAGAAAGGCAGUGACUCCUUUGGGGUCCAGAUCAAGGGGGCCAACAACCGAGGGGCGCCAGGAGCUCUGAGCUCUGACUCAGAACUUGCUGAGAGCCCCUACUCUCAGGCCAGGGAGUUGCCUGGCCCCUCGCAGGGCAGCACCUCAGAUGAGGAGCCCGGGGCCCACUGGAAUGGAAGGCUACUCCGCUCCCAGUCCCAGGCCUCCCUGGCAGGCCCUUCGCUGAUGGAUCUGGACAAUAGGAGCACCAGCCUGCUGGAGCUGGCCCCACAGGGGACUUCCCCGGGCAACACCAUUGACACUGCCCCCCUGUCUUCGGUGGACUCACUCAUCAACAAGUUUGACAGUCACCAUGGGGGCCAGACCCGGGGCCGGACUGGCCGCCGCACGCGGAUGCUGCCCCCUGAACAGCGUAAGCGGAGCCAGAGCCUGGACAACCGGCUGCCACGGGCCACCCUCCAGGAACGGGAGCGCCAGUCCCCCGAUCACUGGAUCCCUGGUGCAAAGCAUGACCAGCGCACGGGCAGCUCGAAACCGUCAGCCCAGAGCUCUCUAGGCGGCUUUAGCCGUGCCCGUCAGACCCAGGACUGGGUCCUUCAGAGUUUUGAGGAGCCACGGGGGAGGCUACAGGACCCUGCAGUGUUACAGUUCAAGUCAACUCCAGACCUUCUCCGAGACCAGCAGGAGGCCGCCCCACCAGGCAGUAUGGAUCACGUGGAGGCCACCAUCUAUGGCAUCCUGAGAGAGGGAAGCUCAGAAAGUGAAACCUCUGUGAGGAGAAAGGUCAGUUUGGUGCUGGAGCAGAUGCAGCCUCUGGUGAUGGCUUCUCCUGGUUCUGCUAAGGCAGCGCAGGCUGAACUCACCCAAAAAGUGGAGGAGCUACAGAAAAAGCUGGAUGAAGAGGUGAAGAAACGGCAGAAGCUAGAGCCGUCCCAGGUGGGGCUGGAACGGCAGCUGGAGGAGAAGGCAGAAGAGUGCAGCCGAUUGCAGGAGCUGCUGGAGAGGAGGAAGGGGGAGGCCCAGCAGAGCACCAAGGAGCUCCAGAACAUGAAGCUUCUCCUGGACCAGGGUGAAAGGGUACGGCAUGGGCUGGAGACCCAGGUGAUAGAGCUGCAGGACAAGCUGAAACAGGCCCAGGGUCCUGAAGCUGCUAAGGAGGUGCUAAUGAAGGACCUGGUAGAGACCCGGGAGCUUCUGGAAGAGGUCUUGGAGGGCAAACAGCGGGUGGAGGAGCAGCUGAGGCUGCGGGAGCGGGAGCUGACGGCCCUGAAGGGGGCCCUGAAGGAGGAGGUGGCUUCCCGGGACCAGGAGGUGGAGCACGUGAGGCAGCAGUGCCAGCGGGACACCGAGCAGCUUCGCCGGAGCGUGCAGGACGCAACCCAGGACCACGCAGCGUUAGAAGCCGAGAAGCAGAAGAUGUCAGCCCUGGUGCGGGGGCUGCAGAAGGAGCUGGAAGAGACCUCAGAGGAGACAGGGCAUUGGCAGAACAUGUUUCAGAAGAACAAGGAGGAGCUUAGAGCCACCAAGCAGCAACUCCUGCAGCUGCGUAUGGAGAAGGAGGAGCUGGAAGAGGAACUUGGGGAGAAGAUAGAGGCCUUGCAGAGGGAACUAGGGCAGGCCCGAACUGGUGCUGGAGAGACUCGCCAGGUGGAGGAGCUCAAGAAGGAGCUGCGCCGGACACAGGAGGAACUUAAGGAGCUGCAGGAAGAGCAGCAGAGCCAGGAGGUGGCAGGGCGACACCGGGAGCGGGAGUUGGAGAAGCAGCUGAGGGUCGAGGCUGAACGAAGCCGGGGGCUGGAAGAGCAGAACCUCCAGCUACAAAAGACCCUCCAGCAACUGAGACAAGACUGUGAAGAGGCUUCCAAGGCUAAGAUGGCAGCAGAGACAGAAGCGGCAGUGCUGGGGCAGCGUCGAACAGCAGUGGAGACGACGCUUCGGGAGACCCAGGAAGAAAAUGACGAAUUCCGCCGGCGCAUCCUGGGUCUGGAGCAGCAACUGAAGGAGGCACGAGGCUUGGCGGAGGGUGGGGAAGUGGCGGAGGCUCGGCUUCGGGACAAGGUGCAGCGGCUAGAGGCAGAGAAACAGCGGCUAGAGGAGGCCUUGAAUGCAGCUCAGGAAGAGGAGGGGAGCUUGGCAGCAGCCAAGCGGGCACUGGAGGCACGUCUAGAGGAGGCCCAGCGGGGGCUGACCCGCCUAGGGCAGGAGCAGCAGGCGCUGAACCGGGCGCUGGAGGAGGAGGGCAAGCAGCGGGAGGUGCUCAGGCGCAGCAAGGCCGAGCUGGAGGAGCAGAAACGCUUGCUGGACAGGACUGUGGACCGGCUGAACAAGGAGCUGGAACAAAUUGGGGAUGACUCAAAGCAAGCCCUGCAGCAGCUCCAGGCCCAGCUGGAGGAUUACAAGGAAAAGGCUCGGCGGGAGGUGGCAGAUGCCCAGCGCCAGGCCAAGGAGUGGGCCAGUGAAGCUGAGAAGACCUCUGGGGGGCUAAGCCGGCUUCAGGAUGAGACUCAGAGGCUGCGACAGGCCCUGCAGGCAUCCCAGGCUGAUCGGGACACAGCCCGGCUGGACAAAGAGCUACUGGCCCAGAGAUUGCAGGGGCUGGAACAAGAGGCAGAGAACAAAAAACGCUCUCAGGAUGACAAGAGUCGGCAACUCAAGAGCCUUGAGGAAAAAGUCUCACGGCUGGAGGCAGAGUUAGAUGAGGAGAAGACCACAGUGGAGCUGCUGACUGACCGGAUGAAUCGUGGCCGAGAUCAGGUGGACCAGCUGAGGACAGAGCUCAUGCAGGAGAGGUCAGCCCGGCAGGACCUGGAGUGUGACAAAAUCUCCUUGGAGAGACAGAACAAGGACUUGAAGAGCCGGUUGGCCAGCUCAGAAGGCUUCCAGAAGCCCAGCGCCAGCCUCUCGCAGCUUGAGUCCCAGAAUCGGGAGUUGCAGGAACGGCUGCAGGCAGAAGAGAGGGAGAAGACAGUUCUGCAGUCUACCAACCGAAAACUGGAACGGAGAGUUAAAGAGCUAACCAUCCAGAUUGAUGAUGAAAGGCAGCAUGUGAAUGACCAGAAAGACCAGCUAAGCCUGAGGGUGAAGGCUUUGAAGCGGCAGGUGGAUGAAGCCGAAGAGGAAAUUGAGCGACUGGACAGCCUGAGGAAGAAAGCCCAGCGUGAGCUGGAGGAACAGCAUGAGGUCAAUGAACAGCUUCAGGCCCGGAUCAAAGCCCUGGAGAAGGACUCUUGGCGCAAAGCUUCCCGCUCAGCUGCUGAGUCAACCCUCCAGCAUGAAGGACUGAGUUCAGAUGAGGAAUUUGACAGUGUCUAUGAUCCUUCCUCCAUCGCCUCACUGCUUACAGAGAGCAACCUGCAGACCAGCUCUUGUUAG